AACAAGCGAGGGCAGGUCGGGCUGUGCAUGCCCGGUCCGUGUUGGGAGGAAAAAAAUAACAACACCAAAGAAAAACACCCACCAACCAAGGACAUGUGGAUGUAAAAACAUUUAUAACAUUUCAGGCGGAUUUCUUCCUAAAACCUGGAUCUGGUAAUUUGUCUUCAGGAGUGAAACACUAAGGGGGACUCCAUGAAAGAUGACGGAGGAGGUGAUUGUUGUAGCCAAGUGGGACUACACGGCCCAGCAGGACCAGGAACUUGACAUCCGUAAGAACGAGCGUCUCUUCCUCCUGGACGACUCCAAGACGUGGUGGCGCGUCCGCAACGCCGCCAACCAGACGGGCUACGUGCCGUCCAACUACGUGGAGCGCAAGAACAGUCUGAAGAAGGGCUCGCUGGUCAAGAACAUCAAAGACACCUUGGGUUUGGGGAAGACCAAGAGGAAGACGAGCGCUCGCGAUGCUUCGCCGACGCCGAGCUCGGACGCCGAGUACCCUUCCAACGGUGGCGGUGGAGGGGGAGGAGCCGCGGAGAGGAUCUACGAUCUCAACAUCCCGGCCGUGGUGAAGUUCGCCUACACGGCGGAGCGGGAGGACGAGCUGACCCUGCUCAAGGGCUCCCGGGUGGUGGUGAUGGAGAAGUGCAGCGACGGCUGGUGGCGUGGCAGGCAGGCUGGCGGCUCGGGCUGGUUCCCCUCCAACUACGUCCAGGAGGAGUGCGGGGGCGCCGAGGACCGGGGUGACCUCGGCGACUCCUCGCCGGGCUACCAGGGCGGCUCCCCGGGGAGCCCGCUGGCCAACGGGCGCGGGGCGGGGGGGCGAGUCCUGCACCUGGUGCAGACGCUCUACCCCUUCAGCUCGGUGACGGACGAGGAGCUGAACUUUGACAAGGGCGAGGUGAUGGAGGUGGUGGAGAAGCCCGAGAACGACCCGGAGUGGUGGCGCUGCAGGGACCAGCGGGGCGCCGUGGGCCUGGUGCCCAAGAACUAUGUGGCGGUGCUGGACGAGCGGCCCGGCCCGCCCCCCGCCGGCUCCAGCCCCCCCCAGAGCCGCUCGCUGGCGCCGGCGCGCUCGGGCAGGUUCGCCGGGAGGGACUGGUACUACGGAAACAUCACCCGGCACCAGGCCGAGUGCGUCCUCAACGAGAGGGGGGAGGAGGGAGACUUCCUCAUCCGGGACAGCGAGUCGUCGCCCAGCGACUUCUCCGUGUCCCUGAAGGCGCCGGCCAAGAACAAGCACUUCAAGGUGCAGCAGGCGGAGGGCGUGUACUGCAUCGGCCAGCGGCGGUUCGAGUCCAUGGACGAGCUGGUGGAGCACUACAAGAAGGCUCCCAUCUUCACCAGCGAGCACGGAGAGAAGCUGUACCUGGUGAAGGCGCUGCUGUGACGCUGCGCCGCCCGCCCGCCGCCUCCCGGCAGCCACACUGGAUCUCCCUCCCACCCCCCCACCAUAGACAUCUAUACGUAGACGCCCCGUGGAGCUGCUGCGAUACGUCAACGUCGCCGCCAUAUUGGAUGUUCAAGACUGCGCUGUAAACUA